AUGCGGAUGGGGAAGUACGAGAUGGGGCGGACGCUCGGGGAGGGCCACUUCGGCAAGGUGAAGCUGGCGCGGGACGCGGACACGGGCCGGACCUUCGCCAUCAAGAUCCUCGACCGCCAGCGCAUCCUCGCCAUGAAGAUCAACGAGCAGAUCAAGAGGGAGAUCGCGACGCUGAAGCUGCUCAAGCACCCCAACGUCGUCCGCCUGUACGAGGUUUCAGCAAGCAAGACCAAAAUAUACAUGGUCCUUGAGUAUGUAAAUGGAGGAGAGCUAUUUGACAAAAUUGCAUUGAAGGGUAAGCUGACAGAGAAGGAAGCGAGAAAACUAUUCCAGCAGCUAAUAGAUGCCGUAGCAUAUUGCCACGAGAAGGGGGUUUAUCAUAGGGACCUCAAGCCAGAGAAUGUCCUUGUUGAUGCAAAAGGAAACAUAAAGGUUUCUGAUUUCGGACUAAGUGCACUUCCACGAAACCAACGAAAAGAUGGUUUGUUGCAUACCACAUGUGGCAGCCCUAACUACAUAGCCCCUGAGGUCCUUCUGAACAAAGGUUAUGAUGGCUCGAUGUCUGACAUAUGGUCCUGUGGUGUUAUUCUAUAUGUAAUGCUUACAGGGAAUCUUCCAUUUGACGACCAAAAUGUGGUUGUCCUUUAUCAGAAGAUUCUGAAGGGGAAUGCUCACAUUCCAAAGUGGCUCUCUAAAGGUGCCCAAGAUAUACUGAGAAAAAUCCUGGAUCCUAACCCGAUUACGCGCAUAGAUGUGGAUGGAAUAAGGGCACAUGAAUGGUUCAAGCAAGGCUAUGCUCCUGCUGUGCCAUUUAAUGAUGAUGAAGAAGAUAUCAGCAUGGAUGUAGACAGCCUAAAUAUGACCGAGCAUAAUGGCAUUCAAGACAAGAUAGCAAUCAACCAAAUGAAUGCUUUCCAGCUCAUUGGGAUGUCCUCCUGCCUUGAUUUAUCCGGAUUUUUUGAGAAAGAGGAUGCUUCUGAAAGGAAAAUCAGAUUUGCAUCAAAUUAUUCCCCAGCUUAUUUAUUUGAGAAGAUUGAGAGCAUUGUCAGAAAAAUGGGUUUCCAAGUACAUAAGAGCAACGGCAAGCUAAAAGUGAUCCAAGAUUGCAAGGGACUAGCAAAUUCAAGAGGGCAAGAAUCAUUAUUAAUUUCUGCUGAGGUGUUUGAGAUCAAUGAAUCUCUUUAUGUUGUCGAACUAAAGAAGUCAUCUGGAGACUGCUCCCUGUACAGAAAGUUGUGUGAGACGCUCUCAGAGGACUUGGGGACAUGCAAAAGCCAGCAAUUUUUAAAGCAGGAUUCUAUCAGACAAGAGAUAGGUAGAUACAAUAGUAGCUUUUAA